CUUCGCUCUCCGCAUUUCUUCCAUUCCGCAUUCUUCCUCGAUCCUCGUCCCCACAACCGACAGGAUCACCUAGACAUCUCUUAUUUUCAAAGUCGCAUAACUACCACUCUGUACUUGAUCGACACGUCCAAAUUAAUCACCUCCUGAAAUAUGUCCUACAACAAACCGGAGCAACCUCCUCCCUCGUACCCUCCUCCCACCCACGACGCCGGUCCCUACCAGCAAGGCGCUCAACAAGAAUACUACCAAAACCAAGGCUAUAACCAAGGAUAUAACCAGGGCUACCCGCCUCAGGGCUAUCCGCCCCAGAACUACGGCCCCCCGCCCCAGCAAGGAUACUAUGGCUCUCCGCCGCCUCCUCAAGGCCAGCCGAUGUACUAUCCUCCUCCGCAGCAGCAGCCGCAAGGCUACUACGCAGGACAGGACCGGGGCGGAUCAUCUGGCGGGGGUAUUUGCGCCGGUAUAAUGGCCGCGUUGGCAUGCUGUUGCUGUUUGGAUAUUCUGUUCUAAGGUCGCAAGCGCGCACUCUUUUCUUUUUGGCCCCCGGAUUGAAGUGGAUGGUCGGUCGCGAUGGAUACUGUAUUUUUUUCUUCCCCUCCGGUUGGCGCAAGUGCACUGAGCACGGGGCUCGGGGUUUCUAUAUUUGGUUCCACCAGUCAGUCAGGAUAGACUGGCGUCGGCGCUUAGCGGCGCAUGUUCGUUUGCUUGCUUUCUUCGCAUGAUCACUUUCAAUUCAAUCAUUGCUAACGUGAUUAACAUUAUCAUGUCUUAGGUAGUCUCGUAUCAUGUUAUGUGUAUAAAAUGCAGAAGGGACAGUAUGUAACAUCCUAAUAAACAGGCAGGG